AUGAUGGGGAAGAAGAUUAGGUCCUUUAGAAAACUAGCAAUGAAGAUUAAGGUCAAAGGUGUCUCGUCAAACCACGAAUCACAGAACCAGGAACAUUUGCUAGGGACAUAUGGUGAAAAUGAUUGCAAACCAUCAACCCCAAGAGGUUUUUUUGUGCUUUAUGUUGGAGAGGAGAGGAAACGAUUUGUUAUCCCUACGCGUUAUCUUUCCCACCCACUAUUCAAAAUGUUGUUAGAGAAAGCUCAUAAUGAUGAAUACCAGAAGAACGGGUUGAUGGUGCCAUGCAGUGUAGCUAAUUUCCGAGAGGUGGUUAACAAGGUGAAUUGUUCUAAUGGCAUGUUUGAUCUUGGGAACUUGGUUGAACAACUUAUUUGA